GAGAUUAAAAAAAGAGAGAGAGAGAGAGACAACGAGGUCUCUUCCGAAAGCAAGAUUCAGUUUGAAAACUCUCGGAGAGCUAUGCCCGCGCCCUGACCCCGCAGGUAGGUCGCCGGGCCGGGACUGAGCGAGCAUUCUGGGUGAAUCUGGGCUGACGACUGCUCCAGGGACCCGGGAGCGCUCCGGGCCACAAUGCCGCGCUCGUUCCUUGUCAAGAGUAAGAAGGCACACAGCUACCACCAGCCGCGCUCACCGAGACCGGACUAUUCCCUCCGCCUGGAGAACGCGCCCGCGCCGGGCCGAGCAGACAGCACCUCGAGCGCGGGUGGGACGGAGGCAGAGCCCCGGGGCCGUUUGUCCCCCGAGUCGCAGCUGACGGAGGCCCCCGACGGAACCUCCGCGUCUCCCGGCAGCUGCGAAGGCAGCGUCUGCGAUCCAAGCUCGGAGUUUGAGGACUUCUGGAGGCCUCCGUCGCCCUCCGUGUCUCCAGCCUCGGAGAAGUCGGUGUGCCCGUCGCUGGACGAAGCCCAGCCCUUCCCCCUACCCUUCAAGCCGUACUCGUGGAGCGGCCUGGCGGGUUCUGACCUACGGCACCUGGUGCAGAGCUACAGGCCGUGCGCGGCCCUAGAGCGCGGUGCGGGUCUGGGCCUCUACUGCGAGCGCUCCCCGGAGCCGGGCCACCCGGCCGCGCUGUACAGCCCGGAGCGGGGCGCGGGGAGCGGGGCACCAGGGGGCUGCAGCUCAGGAGGCAGCGGCAGCGGCGGUUCAGGUCUGGGGCUCUAUGGCGACUUUGGGCCCGCGGCGGCGGGGCUAUACGAGCGGCCCACGGCGGCAGCGGGCGGGCUGUACCCGGAGCACUGCCACGGGCUGCACGCGGACAAGAGCGCCGGCGUCAAGUUGGAAUCCGACCUGCUGUGCACCCGCCUGCUGCUGGGCGGCGGCUCCUAUAAGUGCAUCAAGUGCAGCAAGGUUUUCUCCACUCCGCACGGGCUCGAGGUGCACGUGCGCAGAUCCCACAGCGGCACGAGACCCUUUGCCUGCGAGAUGUGCGGCAAGACCUUUGGGCACGCGGUGAGCCUGGAGCAGCACAAAGCCGUGCACUCGCAGGAACGGAGCUUUGACUGUAAGAUUUGUGGGAAGAGCUUCAAGCGAUCAUCCACGCUAUCUACACACUUGCUCAUCCACUCAGACACCCGGCCCUAUCCCUGCCAGUACUGUGGCAAGAGGUUCCACCAGAAGUCAGACAUGAAGAAACACACUUUCAUCCACACAGGUGAGAAGCCCCACAAGUGCCAGGUAUGUGGCAAAGCAUUCAGCCAGAGCUCCAACCUCAUCACUCACAGCCGCAAGCACACGGGCUUCAAGCCCUUUGGUUGCGACCUGUGUGGGAAAGGCUUCCAGAGGAAGGUGGACCUUCGCAGGCACCGGGAGACGCAGCACGGGCUCAAGUGAGUGCCCUGGCUGGCCGCAAGUAGCAGCUACACAACACUAUGGAGGACAGCCCCCUGGCUUGUCCCCAACGCCUUCUGACUUCUCAGGCUCCCCAGUCCAGUCUGCAGAUCCUUCCACCCUUCGCCUUACUUCCUGGAGCUGCCAGAGGAGAGGAGGUACCUUUUCAAAGUUCAGCCUGGAGUGGGAACCAGGUGACUUCUUUGGACUGAACAGGGCUCUCUACACCUGAAGUCUUAAAGUCAAGUGGGGAUCAAAUAAAAUCUCGGGCCCCACAGGCUUCCCCAUUCCCAGCCCUGCUCCACAGACAGGAAGAUCCUUCAGGCAUGUUCCCUCCUCCAGCUGACCCAUCCCAGAUAUUUGUGUGGAAGAGGAGGAAUCACCAUAUACAAGGUGGACAUGUGCUAAUGUUUUUAUCUAGAAAGAAGGAGUGUUUUUACUUUAUUUUUCCUUCUGCAGCAUCUGUUGGCCCCUUUCUUUUGGGUGCUGUCUGUAAGUCUUGGAGGAAUCAUUUCUCCCAUUUAAAGGCUGGUUCAGAACCGAUUUGGGGAAGGGAUUUCACACUUUUGAAAUCACAAGGUGCACUGUCGGGCCUGGUCCAGGAAGAAGCAGAUGUAAAGUGGACUUGGUGAUAAGACGUGAUUAGAGGCCUUCCCCUCAGGGGACCUGUGAAGGCUUUAUCAGAGGAGGUGAAGGCACAGAGCAAUGCCUUUGGCCAAGAAAUCAUUCAUUCAUUCAGCAAACAUUUACUGACCACUGGUUACCAUGGUACCAGGCCCUGUGCUGGGUACGUGGGAGCCAGAGAGUAAAAUCAUGGCCCUUGACCUUCAGAAGCUAAUAGUCAUACCUCCAAGGGUCUGAGUCUGUUUUUUCUCUCUGAGGGAGUUCUGAGAAGAAUCUUGAACCUUCCCUUCUGAUCUUUUUGGAUUUUAUCAAGAGUAAAUGAAAAAUAGCUGAAAGGUUACAUCAAAGAUUCAUGUGUAUAUUCCGUUUUUAAUUGUUAUGCUGGCAUUUUUAAGAUGUCUGCGUUGACAGGUAUAUGGGAGUGAAGGUUCUGUCUUCAACUCUUUGGCCCCCGCACCCCCCACCAUGUAUACCAUAGAGGAAAAAAAAAGUGGUGUUUUUACUUUGAUGAGGUUUGUAAAUGUUUUCAGUUCUUCUGGAGUGCAUUAUGUUUGUUAAUACAUAUUUAUUAGAAUGAUGUUUUAAGUUAAUAAAGUAUUACGACUCA